AUGUUCAGCCCGGACGGGGGGCUGCCGGCCGCCCCCUUCGGCCUUCUGACCGACGCCGGACCUCCCUUUCCCCGCGGCAGCUUCGACGGAGCGCCCGCUCAGCCGCUCUUCUUCCCUUCGCCGCCACCGCCGAGCCCGAGCCCGCCCGACGACCCGCCGCCGGCCCGCGCCUGGCUGCCCCCGCCCGCCCCGCCGCCCGCCAAGGUGGAAGCGCCCGGGCGGCCUGCAGCCAGCCCGAGCCCGAGCCCGCGCGCCGCCGCUUGCUGCGGCCCGGCCUGGCCCCCGCCCUGGGCCGGCCCGGCGCCCUCCGGCCCCGCCGCCCUGCCCGGGCCGCCCUUCCCUGGCCCGGCUGCCCCUGCCUUCCCUGGCCCCCAGCUCUGCCCCUCCGCGCUGCAGCCGGGCUCCGGCGGCCCGUCGGGGCUGGGCAGCAGCGGCAGCUCCAGUGGCGCCGCCAGCGAGGGCGGACACUCCAGCGACAGCGGUGAGGAGGAUGCGCCAACCUCAGGAGAGCUGGAGCAGUUCGCCAAGGACCUCAAGCACAAGCGCAUCAUGCUGGGCUUCACCCAGGCUGACGUGGGGCUGGCGCUGGGCACCCUCUACGGGAAGAUGUUCAGCCAGACAACCAUCUGCCGCUUCGAGGCGCUCCAGCUCAGCUUCAAGAACAUGUGCAAGCUAAAGCCGCUGCUGCAGCGCUGGCUCAAUGAGGCGGAGAACACGGACAACAUGCAAGAGAUGUGCAAUGCAGAGCAAGUACUAGCCCAAGCCCGGAAGAGAAAACGCAGGACCAGCAUCGAGACCAACGUGAAAGGGACACUGGAGAGCUUCUUCCGCAAGUGUGUGAAGCCCAGUCCCCAGGAGAUCUCUCAGAUCGCUGAGGACCUCAACCUGGAUAAAGAUGUGGUGCGGGUCUGGUUCUGCAACCGGCGUCAGAAAGGCAAACGGCUGCUGCUGCCCUACGGCAACGAGGCAGAGGGGAUGAUGUAUGACAUGAACCAGCCCCUGGUGCCCUCCACUCUGCCCAUCCCAGUGACGUCCCAGGGCUACAGCCUGGCACCCUCCCCUCCUGUCUACAUGCCGACCUUCCACAAAGCUGAGAUGUUCCCACAAGCGCUGCAGCCUGGGCUCUCCAUGAGUAACAAUGGCCACUGA